GAGGAUAAAUGGCGUCUUCUGAGAAGUCGUGUAUUGACAUCCGCGUAAAUUUUGCGUGUAUUUAUAAAAUCUCCAAAUGAAGCUCUUCAUUAAACGUUCAAGCUGCUUUAUGAAGUAUCCAUUACACAUUUAGGAUAUAUACACACACUCGAGGAAGCAACCUUUGAGUGAAAACCUUUAACGCACAGUCAGAACAUCAGGAUGUCAAAGGGUGGCUCAAAGGAUGGAAAGGAAGGGAAGGUCAGCAGUCACCUGACCGUGGAGUCCAUGAAAACCAUUGCAGAGUCAGUGGGAGUUUCUGGACUUGCUGAUGAGGCAGCAUCACAACUAGCAGAGGACUGUACAUAUAGGAUGAAGCAAAUUAUUCAGGAAGCUGUUAAGUUUAUGCAUCAUGGUAAAAGACGGAAACUGUCUACAUGGGACUUUGACCAGGCACUGCAGGUCAAGAACAUUGAGCCCCUGUACGGCUUCCAUUGUCCUGAUCUGAUCCCGUUCAGAUUUGCCAGUGGUGGUGGCCGAGAACUUCAUUUCAAUGAAGAGAAGGAGCUGGACCUGCAAGACAUCAUUAAUGGUCAACUGCCCAAAAUACCUCUAGAUGUCACUCUUAAAGCUCAUUGGUUGAGUAUUGACGGAGUCCAGCCAUCCAUCCCAGAGAACCCUCCCCCAGCCACGAAGGAGCAGCUGAAGAUUGAGAGCCUGGACACUAACAUCAAGACUGCUAUUGACAAGGUUCUCAAGCCCAAGACACAAGCCGAAGGAGGCAAAGCCAAACAUAAGAUGAAGAGUGGAGCUGAGAUGGUCAAACUGAAGAAUCUAUCCAUGCAUGAACUUUCCGUGGAGCAGCAGUUGUACUACAAGGAAAUCACAGAGGCUUGUGUCGGACCUGACGAGGGAAGACGAUCGGAAGCCCUGCAGAGUCUUGCCACAGACCCAGGACUACAUCAGAUGCUGCCUCGGUUCAGUACAUUCAUAUCAGAGGGGGUUAAAAUCAACGUGGUUCAGAACAACCUAGCUCUGCUCAUCUACCUGAUGAGGAUGGUCAAGUCUCUCAUGGAUAACCAGACGCUCUACUUGGAGAAAUAUCUGCAUGAGAUAAUUCCUGCAGUAGCAACUUGUAUUGUGAGCAGACAACUGUGUCUACGUCCUGAUGUGGACAAUCACUGGGCUCUCCGAGACUUUGCUUCCCGACUCAUGGCACAGAUCAGCAAAAAUUUCAGCAGUAACACCAACAACAUCCAAGCCCGUAUCACCAAGACUUUCAGCAAGGCUCUGUUAGGAGACAAGUCUGCACUGGCCACACAGUAUGGGGCUCUGUCGGGGUUGGGGGAACUUGGGCCAGAGGUGACGAAGACGUUCCUGCUGCCUCACAUCAAGGGGCUUGGGGAUAGGAUGAGGAUGGCACUAGAGGGUCAGAUACUCAACAACGCUGACAAGAUUGCUGCUGAACAUAUCAAGAAACAAUUAACUAAAUAUGUCCCACCAGUCCUGAAGAACCUCAAAUCUCCGAGCGAGACGUUAGAGGACUACAACAAUGAGUUUGGGUAUGUGGGUGCGCUGCUGUACAAUGCUACCCUGAAGGAGAGGCAGACUCCCACAGUCAGCACCUGCCCUGUCACCCCAGCCAGGCCAACUGUGCAGCUGCAGCCGUCUCGGCCUCAGAUAUUGAUCCAGUCAUCAGGAUCUACAUCACAACCAGGCACCCCCACCACUCCAAGGUUCCCCACCCCCACAGGAGCGGUACCAAGAACACCUACCACUCCCUCCCUGGGGGGGGCACAAAAGUAUGUCAUUGUCUCAUCGCAGCCUCGCUCCACCACCCCUUCAUCACAGAACAUCACCAUCAACAGUGGCAGUGCUGGGUCAGCCCCGACAAUUGUUAAACUUGUUACCACAGCUCAAGGAGCUAACACUAACACAGUGCCUAGAACUACUCCACAGAAAAUUGUGGUCAUGUCCAUGCCCUCUAGCGGGUCAGGGUCACAGCAAGGUCAGAUGUUGACCCCAGGUGCUUCAGAUGACCUUGGCGUCAAAAGUGUGUUUGGAGGUCAAGGUUCAAACUUUUCAUUUGCAGUCAAAAAGGACCCAGAACAGAGAGAUACAUGAAGUAAAGGAUUUAAGAUGUCAAGGACCAAAUAUAUCCAGGUGGAUGCAAAGUGUGUGUUACUUUAUGCUCAGCUGGGGGGCACAGGUGUCCCAGUCGUCUAAGGUGCAGCGAUUUGCUGUGCAGAGUUGCGUCCCUUGGACACGCCAGAAACCUAUGAUUGUGGGUUCGAAUCCCAGUUCGCCCCGAUUAUGUUUCUAGGUUUGUCAGCACCAUACCCGUGCUUGUGGGUUUCACUGAAGUGGUAAACGUCUAAGACCUGCAUCACUUCGGCUUUCCUCCCACAUUAAGCUGACACGCCGUGAUAUAACUGGAAUACUGUUUAAAGCGGCGUUAAACCCAACUCACUCACUCACGCUCAGCUGGAUGAUUACCAUGGUUACAAUGGAUGUGAGAUAUCGUACAAUGGAGACUUAACUGUUGAUUCUGAAUCGCAAAGGGAUCGUCUCUGCUCCUCACAUCUCUGUCAUUCCAACAUUGUCAAAUAGGAAUAGUGUGUUAAAUCCUUAAAUUUCUAACACGACUAAACAGUUUUCUGUAUCAACCUCAAACAAUAGAUAUGUGUACAUGGGGAGCGUAAACAGCGCCAAACCUAUGUGGCACUGCAACUCAAUGUGGAGAGUUGUGCCCCUUGGCUGCCAUGACAAAAGUAGUUGGUCCCUGACACUGACAUCUUCCCGAGGCAAGGAGUUAACUGACGAUAAAAGUCCAGUUUCCACCCUUGCCGAACUAGGCUGGUAUUAUGGAGUUAGAUUUUGGCUGAACUAACGAGUCUAUGCACAGUCCAAUCAAAAUCGCCCAGCGAAAUCGAAAUCCGGUUCGUAAACUGUCAUGCAGAGUUCGGUCGAUUGCAGGAUUUGCAAAGCAUAUGCACCGCCAACUCGUUGUCAACAGAUAUUUUCCAAAUCUUUUCAUGUUUUUAAUCAAGGUACUCAAGUGAUUUGAUGCAUUUCGCAAAGCAAGAACCGUUUUAUCACAAUAUACAUCUUGAUUGUCGUUCAGUUUGUCUCGACUCGGCGCCACCAUUUUGUUUUAAGCAAAUGCAAGUUAUACAAGAGGUGGAAUCUGAUUGGUCCAUAGGCGAGACAUAGAAGGGAAAUAACUCGUAACAGCCACUGGUGGCGCUAGGAUCGAACCCCGGAAUUCCAGCCUUGUUCGGCAAGGGUGGAAACCUGACUUUUAAAUCAGUUAACUCUCUUGCCUCGGGAAGAUGUGACACUGACUAUCAUUGGCUGACUAAGAACCAGGCAAUGCUUGUGGUUUUCACCAAAGUGGUGAUCUGUGAUCAUCACUAUUGGAAGGAAUAGCUCUUCUUGUAGUGACAUUCCAUACAGGGGGUCUCACAUUGAAUUGCAUUCCACUUACAUUGGCAUAUGUAUAAAUUUGAAACAGUAUUGCUGUACAUCAUGACUGCACACAUCAUUAUCAUGUCUUUUGUAAGUAAAACAAUAUGCUGGUCA